AUGGCCCAUCAAUCGCCAGACUCUCAGCUUCAAUCUGCCUUUAUCACGCGUUUUCCUCGCGAGGUUCGCGAUAAGAUCUAUCUUGAGCUGUGGCGUUCUUGUGGUCUUCACCAACAUAUCCUUUACCACAGUGAUAUGCGCGACGCAGCCAGAUCCCAUUUCUGUCGAUGGCCAUGUACAACACCGUUCGAGGUAGAAGACAGGCUUCAAGAAUCUCUGGAUUCCAAAAGGCUCGAACUCGGAAUUGAGUUGGGGAAGAGAUUCAGCAAUGUUGAGUUUGCCCAAAAGCUUCGUUCUCCUUGGAUUAAUCAUUUUCCCUGUGGCCAGCGUAUCAACAGACUACUUGGUCUCAAGAGGACACUUGGUACAAAUGCAAAACGAGGUGCUAGUGAAUGUUCCACUGGAGGGCCCUGCUGGAUCAACAGCAGGUCAAAUCCAGAGAGCUCAUCCGGAUGGAGUCCGUAUAUGGGUAUGCUUCUAUCUUGCAAGAUCAUAUCUUCUGAGUGCAUCAAGUCGAUCUAUGAGUCGACUACAUUUAUUUUUACAGAUGUCACUACUCUUAAUCUAUUUGUUGGUUUCUGUAAAGUGCCAAGACUUUGGCAACGAGACUUCCAAGUGGCUAUUCCACCACCAGCUUUCCGCACUUUAGGUAGACACCUAGAACUAUCGUUGCAACCAGCCUUUUCUACAGAGUUCCCCUGCUCAUCGCCCACUCAGACAGAAGAGCGCCAUUCAUCUCUAGACUUUCAUGGAUUGCGACUAGAUCGUUUGGAAAAUCUCGCAAGUCUCGCCAUCUGGAUAUCCGCGCGUAACCCCGCGAAAUUUAUAGACGAAGACGGAACGGACAGAGAUCAGAGUCCCUAUAACAUCACUAAGCUGAGCAUUGAGUCACUCAAAGAGGUUUUAGCCCCUCUGAGUCAUGUUAAGAAUAUCACUUUGAGUAUGCCUCUGGCGGAUAACACUGGACCUGAAGACGGUUAUGUCGUCGAUAGUGCUCAUCUCAAGAUUUGGCGGCGAGGGCCGGGUGAUCGGUUCCAUAUUGGUUUAAUACCAGGUCUUGCGGAAGGCCACCUUCAACAUGCUAUUUAUUCAAGCAAAGAUAGUCAGUUUGCCGUUUAUUGUUUCACAUAG